CUGCUAUUAUAGUCCACGUUAUACAAUAUCGCUUCUGCCACUGACAUUUUGGUUUGUGUAUUGAGGUCCACAUUGAAGAGAGUACAAUAUAUGCGACGGAAGUAUGGCUACCCUGCUGUAAAACGGACCUUGCAGCUGUGCAUGUUCAAGUUGGGGAGGCAUAAUUCGGGUUAUCGGCGUUGUCAUUGUCAAGACACAGCCACUGUCUUGUCGUGACGUGGUAGCGUUAUUGACUUACCACCACAAUACAACAACGUAAUCAGCGCACCGGCAGCGAUCAGCCAUGUCGUCCAGCAAACAACCACUCAGCCCCCAAACCGUGCCGUGCAGAUCCCCACGGAGGCCCGGCCUACAUGUAGAUCAACCAGAGCUAGAUGAACCAGAAGAAUUCUUCAUAAAGUCCUCUGUAGGUCAGCAGGUCAUCGUGAACUACCAGGAUACAGAUACGUGUGUGAGAGGGCAUGCCCCCGGAUACAGAACCACUCCUGUUGAGGUAGUCGAGGGGAUGUCUAUGACGGGUGACCUUCGGAAGUGUGUUCCGGGGACACAGCACCUGCCAGUAAAUGGGGCUAUUCCGUACCCUUCCCUCCACGUUGGUGAUAAAGUUAGAGUACGUCAGUUCAAUACUGAAACUGCCAAGGAGUUAUUUCGGCCAGCAACGGUGCAGGCCCUUCCGCUGCGUCCGAUGUCUAAGCACGCUUUUUUUAAAGUCAGUCUCGACGUCGUCCCAACAGAUUUAGAGAGAGAGGUCAAGCGGAUUGACUUGUAUCCAUGGCCAGGGCAUGAAGAGGAGAAGCAGGACGAAAUCUCAAAAGAUGAACUUCUCCUGAUACGGCUGAGGCGACUGUUACCCACCGCGAAGAUUGGCGAGGACGUUCUAUUCAAGAGCCAGGAUGAUGGAUGGUACUAUUCAGGCAAAGUGUCCUUGGACUGCGGUGACUUCAGCUACAUCAUCACCGACUGUAACGGCUUCCAGGAGAAGGUCUGGCGGGAGAACAUAAUCUGUGAAUCAGACCGGCACGUUGAUGCAAUCAAGAAGCGCAGUAAGGUGCUGGUGAUGCACCCGAUGUACCCCAACAGCUACUGUCCUGCCACGGUGUUGGAGAUCCGUGACAAGACAUGGAGCGUGCGCCUGCCCGACAUGACCAAGCCUGUGAGGGUGUCCCAGGAACAAGAUUACAUCGCUUGUUUAGCUUUGAAAAAGGGUGUCUAUGACGAGAAAGUACUCAAUACUUUAGCGAAGAAAUGGGAACAAAUGGACGUCUUGGCUAAACACAAGAACGGAGAAUAUCACAUAGGCACAGUAAAAGAGUUGGUUAGUGGGAGUUUAACCAAAUACGUCAUCACCUGGCUCAACAAUACAGAAAGCGUGGUCGACGCGAUCCACAUGUUCGGAGGCCUGACACCAUUUCGGAGACUAAGGGUCAACGACCACGUCCUGGCACCGGUGGCGAUUAUCGGGCAAGCAAACCCCCUGUGUUACCUGCCUGGUGUGGUGGUGGAGAAACGCAACGAAGUAACUGCUGUCAUCAAGAUGAUCCACGCACAGAGGCUCGAUGAUCUCACAACCAUCAAUGAGAAGGAAUGUUUCUUCAUCAACCCUCUCUACUACGCCACAGCAGUCUCUGAAUACCUCAACAACCACGCGAGAUCUUGAUUCGAAUAUUACCAGCACACUGGAUGUGACAUUUUUAUAUACAUACGUCGUCAACAGCAUGUCGACUACGUGGGCAUUGUUAAGACCCUUUUACACAGGGCUGCGACCUUUGUGCCACCUUUGAGCGAUCAAAAACUGGCCAGGCCACUCAAAAUCAUUGUUUCUAUGCAACUGCUCCCGCCAUGAUGUCUUGUGUCUAUUGAGUCUUGAGGCUUUCUUGACUCUGCAACCACAAUGAAACACUGCAGGUACAACAAGCCCUCUAUUUAUAGGCAGGCUGAGGAGGCACUACAGGUAGGUCAAAGGAGGCAGGAAAGAGGCAGAAGCAUAGCCAUGGUGCCUCAAGGGUUGCCGUGGUCACCGAAUGGAGGCACGGCGGUCUCCAUAGUCAUCGUUUAAUGCACGCUAUUGGUCGCCCAAAGAAGGCACACGGGAGGCAGAAGCAUCGCCCAAAUUGAUGGGAAAAUUUGCAACAGAACGCAUCUAUUACCUGGCGACCAUUGGGCGACCACUGUGCCUUCAUCCUGCAACAACGGCAAUGCUUGAGAGCCCCUUCUGCCUUCUUUGAGCCACCUCCUCGGCGACCUUUGAGCGGCUGUUUUGAACAUGUUCAAAAGUUCACGGCGACCAUGGCGUCAAUGGCAAUAUCUGAACCUCCUGAGUACCACCUUGGAACGACCUAGGCAAUCAUUCUGCCUCCUUUGAGCCUCCAACGACGACCUGGCAAAUUUUAUGGUCGCACACGGGAUGCACAAAGGUCGUCAUCCUGUGUAAAGGCCCCAUUAGUGGUUGUCUUACUCGUUGUCAUUGUUUUCUACUGUAUUCACAGAUACCUCCACAGUGAAAAUCAGCCGAACUCGUUGUCAAGUAUAAAUAAAGAACUCUUAUCCAAACCUUC